GCAUGCUUCCCUUAAGUCUGGCCCAGGGCAGUUGUGGUCAGUUUGACCCAACAAAUGAAGUGGGAGGAUCUUUUCAAUCUUCUCCAGCUGAAAGAUGACGGCCAGGUCUUGGAAGGCAACUCGGUUCCUGUUGGCCAUUCUGGUGGCCCUGGUGGCCUUCAGUUACCAAAUAAAGAGGAAAACAUUUAUACGGAUUGAAGAAGUAAAUGCAUUGGAGUCUUCUGUGAAGGACACAUUGGAGUAUAUCACAGAUGAAUACAACAAGGAAAGUAAAGAUUUGUACAAUUUCAGGAUCCUUCGAAUCCUGAAGAUUAUGAAGCAGAUGACAAAUCACAUGGAGUAUCACAUCACAGUGGAAAUGCAGCGGACCACCUGCUUGAAGACAGAGAAGAGCCUCUGUGAUAUCCAAAAGGGGGAACUUCACAAGCAAAUCCAGUGCUACUUCUCAGUGUAUGUCAAUCCCUGGCUUGAAGUAUUCAAAAUACUCAAGAAGAACUGUACCAACAGCAGCUGAGUGUCGUGGAGCACAUGCUGUGUCCUCCACGCUUCCGAUCACAUUGCCAUCAAUAGGAAUCCUCAAUUUGCCCAAUAAAAUGGUUAGCCUAUUCUCUU